UCUGUGGUUCCUUUAACAGUUUGGAUCUCUGAGGAUUCUCCACAUUGUCCAGGGUGGUUUAUGGAUGUCUUGGCCCUCCUCUUUGGUUGGUUUUAUGGGGUUGUUUUGUCAUAGACAGCGUGGUGCCACUGCCUAUAUUAUACUGAUCCUGCCCUAGGUUUAAGACACUGACAGAAUAGUUGGAAACUAUCAGAUUACAAUACCAUGGAUCAGUUUCAAUGCGUGCUCCGUUGUAAAAAAGAAAAUGUCUGGCUGUGUUGGUCUCCCACCACAAAUGACGGUUCACCAGAGAUAGUUGUUGUCAUGUUCUGAGGGGGAGUCACCCUGAGCACUGUUGUCUGAGGCAGUAUGCGAGUCUAACGUGUUACUCUCCUGUCUUCCUCACUAUGACUCUAGCCGAGCUCUGUUCUUUACAGACGCCUGCAGUCUGGUUAACAAGUAACCCUACCCCCAUAGUUAAACCCCCACCAUAUAAACCCACUUGUCUUAGCCAGCAAGACCCCAGUCAGGAGUCAGAAUGGGAGGUUCACGGGUGAAGACCACUGGGGUUCUACUCUGUCUGUGUUACUGUAUCAACACUGGAAUUUUAGAUGAUCUCUCUGGUCCAAAGUGCGGUCUUCCACAGAUCAGGAACCUCAUUGACCGCUCUUUGAGAAUCGUUGGAGGGUUGGAGGCAAGAUAUGGAUCCCACCCCUGGUUGGUUUCACUGAGGUCCAGGGGUUUUCAUUUCUGUGGAGGGGCUAUCCUGACGGAGCGCUGGAUCCUGACUGCUGCCCACUGCUUCUCCGUCGUCUCUACAAACUUUCUGAGGAACGUUAGUGUUGUGAUUGGGGAGUACGACCAAAGGGUUCCUGAUGAAGAAGAACAGACCUUCACUGUGAACACCAUCAAAAUUCACGAAAAGUACCAGCACGCCUCUCCUAUGAGCUAUGACAUAGCUCUGCUGGAAAUCAAUGGACAGAUCCGAUUGGGCAGGUUUUCUCUCCGUUAUAGUGACGGGCGGUUGAGUUUGUUUUUACGGCCGUAAUGUAAUGUAGAUACAGUGGGGCAAAAAAGUAUUUAGUCAGCCACCAAUUGUGCAAGUUC